GGGAAUCUGGGACGGAAAAGAGAGCAGGUCGUUGUGAAAUUGUGUUGUCGAAUAUGUAGUAAAAAACUAAAAAUAAACAAACAAAAUGAGCACUAAAACGACUAUAAAUAUUAAAAACAAGUUCGACCGGGUGGUAGUGCUGGUCGAUAUGGAUUGCUUCUACUGUCAGGUGGAGGAAAAGCUGAAUCCUGCCAUCAGGGGAAAGCCGAUAGCGGUGGUACAGUACAACCCCUGGCAGGGUGGAGGCAUCAUCGCUGUGAACUAUCCCGCCAGAGCGGAGGGAGUCACUCGCCACAUGCGCGGAGAUGAAGCGAAGCAGCACUGUCCCGAAAUUGAACUGCCACAGGUGCCGCAGGUUCGUGGGAAGGCAGAUCUGACGCGGUACCGGGAAGCGGGCAAAGAGGUCGCGGAUGUGCUGAAAAGCUUCACGCCACUGCUCGAGCGGGCCAGCAUCGAUGAGGCGUACCUCGACAUAACGGAGCGCGUGCUGACGCGGAUACACGAGAUGAACGAGGGCAAAUUUCAGCUGCGGCCGGAGAAGCUCGCCAACACGUUUGCGGUCGGGUACGAAAACAUUGGCGAAUUCAUCACGAAGCUCUCGAACACGUUCGAUCCGGCGGGCGGCACGGCGGAGAGCAAUUCGCAGGAACGGUUGGAGUACAAGAAGAGCGACAUCAAGCUGCUGGUCGGGGCGUCGAUUGUGAACGAGAUACGGGCGGCGGUGAAGGAGCGGACGGGCUUCGAAUGUUCGGCCGGCAUUGCGCACAACAAAAUCCUCGCCAAGCUGACGGCCGGCUUCCACAAGCCGAACAAGCAAACGAUCCUGCCGAUCAACAGCAUCCCGAAGCUGUACGAAACGCUGCCGCUGAAGAAGGUGAAGGGGUUGGGCGGCAAGCUGGGCGAUCAGGUGUGUGAGGUGCUGAAGAUCAAGUUCAUGUCGGAGCUGGUACAGUUUCCCGAGAGCGUGCUGCAGCAGCACUUCGAGCAGCGGAUGGGCAGCUGGAUGUACCUGAUGGCACGCGGCAUCGAUCUGGAGGCAGUGACGGCCAAGUUUCACUCGAAAAGUAUCGGCUGCUGUAAGCGGUUUCCCGGAAAGAAUGCAAUCACCGGGCUGGCCACGCUCCACCACUGGCUGAACGAGCUGGCCUCGGAAGUGACGGAGCGGCUGGAGAAGGAUCUGGACGAAAACAAUCGCACGGCGAAGCAGCUAACGGUGAGCUACAGUCAGCAGAUCGAUAAUGUGGACGUGUCCAGCACGAGAAGCAUUGCUUUGGUUGCGUACGAUGCGGAGCGCAUUGCGGCCGACGCGCUGGAUGCAAUCAAGCGCAACACGGAGCGGUUCUUCGCGUCCAACUCAACGACGGCACUGCACAAUCCCAUCAAAUUUUUGGGCAUUAGUGCGGGAAAGUUUGAACCGAACGGGGCGGGUAAAGGUGCAGGCAUUAAGCAAAUGUUCCAGAGCUACUCAUCGAAGGCGGCCAACGCGGAUGAACCGCCGCGCGAGACGGAACGUCGUAAAAGUGUGUCGGGGGAAACACCGGAUGUCGUCACUGAGUUACCGAAGGGAGCAGGAUCUUCUAAAGAAGAGCAGCAACAAAUAGAAAAGGGGAAUGAUGCAUCAAAUGGGGAGCCGAGCAAACUGAAAGGGCGUAUACAGCAUUUCCUACAGCGUCAGUCUGCUUUAGCACCCGGCUCUACCAGUAAGAGUGAAGAAACAGGGAGCGAAGCAAAGACGGCAAGUGAAUCUAGCUCUUCUGAAGAGGUAAAUCAGCCGGAAAGUAAACCGAAGAAAGGUAUUGCACAGUUCCUGCAACCGAAAUGUGCCAUCAGCAAAGAGUCUUCCCUUGGAAGUGGAGAUUUAAGAAAAUCUCCUUCUACUGUAGAGUCGAUAGAGCCAUCAGCUAAACCGAAGAAAGGUAUUGAACAGUUCCUGAAGCCAAAAAGUGACAUCCAGAAAGAAUCGGACACUGGAAAUGAGCAAGAGAAAGAGGAGAAUACUAAUGAUGAAGCUGAAACCGUUCCUUAUCUGGAUGAUACUGUGGAGCUAGCGGUACCAGAACAGGAAGAGAAUCAACCAGAACCAGAGUCGGGAAUGGAGCGUGAUGUUCAGAUAUCUGCACCUGUCACCAUACAUGAAUCGGAAGACCCGCCAGAAGAGAAACCAUCCACUUCCAAGGCAUCGUUCGUGGAGCGAAGCAAUGCGAGGACCGAUGCGAAACCAGAUUACAAAGAAACGUAUGCAGAGUACAGUUUCCAGGUCCCGGAACCAACCCUGGAAUGUCCACAGUGUAAAAAACCGAUUCCCGAACAUGAAUUUCAAUCACACCAGGACUUUCACUUUGCGCUCUCGCUAAGCCAGCAGCAGAGAGAUGAGUUCCGGAAUGAUUUGAAAACAAAAAUGACCUCCAAAUCACCACUUCCCGCCAAACGACCGUCCAAGGCAGUCGUGUCCGCAGGGCCAACUUCCGGUGGCAAUGGCGCACCCUCGGCAAACUUGUCAAUCGCUCGAUUUCUGUCGAAAGUUUCUCCCGAAUCUGUACGCUCCAGCAGCGCAGAAGUGGCCACCGGGAGUAACAGUAAAGCGGACGAGGUACCCGAAAACCACACCAAAUGCACUGACUGUGGUAAGUUCAUUCCGCUCGAUUCUCUGGACCAGCACAAUGAUUAUCAUGUAGCGAAGCGGUUGCAGCAGGAACUGAACCGUCUCGAGGUGGUGGUCCCUUCACAAGCCACAAGUAAACCAGCAUUAGUCGUGGUGGCCAGUGGGGCCAGUUCCAGCACGAAACGAAAGCGGCCAGCCAAUUCAAGCGAUAAGGUAACGUCACCGGUCAAGCAAAAGCUAAAACCGCUGUCGUCCUACUUUACCAAGUUGUAAAGCGAACGAAACUCUUACCAACAACGUGUACCUUAUUAAACAUGUAAGCCAAAUUAUCGUUAA